AUGGCCCAUGAAAAACAGUUCAUUACAGAACAUUUCUUCCCAAGGUCUUCUCACAAAGGACCUGUGGUGGCACAGGGCAUUGGGGCUCCAGCCAAUAACAGGGAGACGGACACGGUGGAGCAGGCUGAACUGGGACCCCUGCUAGAAGAGAAGACCAAACGGGGAAUCGCUGACCCAACCAAAGCUGAAGGAGAACAAGCAUGCCCAGGGCCCCAGGAGGAGGAGGAGGAGGUCCGGGUGCUGACACUUCCCCUGCAAGCACACCACGCCAUGGAGAAGAUGGAGGAGUUCAUGUAUAAGGCCUGGGAGGGACGCUGGAGGGUCAUCCCCUAUGAUGUGCUCCCUGAGCUGAAGGACAACGACUACCUGCUGAACGGCCACAGGCCACCCAUGCCCUCCUUCCGGGCUUGCUUCAAGAGCUUCUUCCACAUCCACACAGAGACAGGCAACAUCUGGACCCACCUGCUUGGUUUUGUGCUGUUUCUCUUCCUGGGAAUCUUGACCAUGCUCAGACCAAACAUGUACUUCAUGGACCCCCUGCAGGAGAAGGUGGUUUUGGGGAUGUUCUUUUUGGGUGCAGUGCUCUGCCUGAGCUUCUCCUGGCUCUUUCGUACCGUCUACUGUCAUUCAGAGAAAGUCUCUCGGACUUUUUCCAAACUGGACUGUUCAGGGAUCGCUCUGGUGAUUCUGGGGAGCUUUGUGCCCUGGCUCUACUACUCCUUCUACGGCUCCCCGCAGCCGCGGCUCAUCUACCUCUCCAUCAUCUGUGUCCUGGGCAUCUGCGCCAUCAUGGUGGCACAGUGGGAUGGGUUCGCCCCUCCUAAACACCGGCAGACAUGGGCAGGGGUGUUCCUGGGCCUUGGCCUGAGCGGCGUCGUGCCCACCAUGCACUUCACUAUCGCCGAGGGCUUUGUCAAGGCCACCACUGUGGGCCAGAUGGGCUGGUUCUUCCUCAUGGCUGUGAUGUACAUCACCGGAGCGGGCCUGUAUGCUGCUCGAAUUCCUGAGUGCUUCUUUCCUGGAAAGUUUGACAUCUGUUUCCAGUCACAUCAACUUUUUCAUGUCCUGGUGGUGGCAGCAGCCUUCGUCCACUUCUAUGGGGUCUCCAACUUUCAGGAAGUCUGCUACAGCUUGGAAGGCGGCUGUACUGAUGACUCCCCUCCCUGA